UGACCUUAGUCUACUCUUGCCUAUGCAAAGAUUUAUCUGUCAGUAGUGACUCGUAAGUCUUUUAAGUCCCGCAAUGGUACAAUAGUUGCUGAGCAUGCAACGACGUCGUUGGCUUUUCCAAUUAAAACCAAUAAGAAGCCGACACGACAAACAACCAAAAUCCCAAUGGAAAACUCAGCUCCUUCUCACUCACUCGCUCGCUCGCUCACUCAGUCACCAGCAAAGCUGUUCUUUCACUCUUCCAUUAUAGGCUUAUGCGGAGCUAAAACCCAAAUCAAUAAAGAAGAAGAAAAAACAAUUGAAAAAAAAAUGGAGGGAGUAUCAUACCAGCGAUUUCCCAAGGUCAAAAUCCGCGAACUAAAGGACGACUACGCCAAAUUCGAACUUCGCGAUACCGACUCCUCCAUGGCCAACGCCCUCCGCCUUGUCAUGAUCGCCGAGGUCCCCACCAUCGCAAUUGACCUCGUCGAAAUCGAAGUCAAUUCCUCCGUCCUUAAUGACGAGUUUAUCGCCCAUCGCCGGUUCAUCCCUCUCACCAGCGAACGCGCCAUGUCGAUGCGAUUCUCGCGUGACUGUGACGCUGGCGACGGUGAUGGCCAGUGCCAGUUCUGCUCCAUCGAGUUCCAUCUUCGAGCCAAAUGCAUGUCCGAUCAAACCCUCGAUGUUGCCGGCGAGGAUCUCUACAGUUCCGAUCAUACGGUUGUUCCCGUCGAUUUCACCGAUUCCGCUGGCUACGAUUCCUCUGAACAAAGAGGGAUUAUUGUUGUGAAGUUGAGGCCAGGGCAAGAACUGAGGCUGAGGGCAAUUGCGAGGAAAGGGAUAGGGAAAGAUCAUGCGAAAUGGUCACCUUCUGCGACUGUGACUUUCAUGUGUGAACCUGAGAUUCAUAUCAAUGAAGAUUUGAUGGCAACCUUGACGCUUGAGGGGAAGCUAAACUUUGUUGAGAGAGUCUUUGAAAUUGAUCAAAAUAGCCAACAGGUUAUGGUGGUUGAUCCAGAGGCGUAUACCUAUGAUGAUGAAGUGAUAAAGAAAGCUGAAGCUAUGGGCAAGCCAGGGCUUGUGGAGAUAUAUGACAAAGAAGACAGUUUCAUUUUUACUGUUGAAUCCACCGGUGCGAUCAAAGCUUCACAGUUGGUUGUUAAUGCUAUAGAAAUCCUCAAACAGAAGCUGGAUGCAGUUCGCCUGUCUGAAGAUACAGUGGAAGCUGAUGAUCGGUUUGGAGAACUAGGUGAUGAUCUACUUGUGAACAAGAAUUGGUCAUUGACAUUUAUAGGUUUCCGAGAAGGAGUUGGGGCCUUGGGGUUUAGAACCCCAUCAAAAUAUCCGUCCCCAGAACCAACAGGGUCAAACCCCAGAAUCAUAUAAUGAUGGGCCUUGAUGGUGUACAAGGUAUAAACCAUAAAUCAGGGUUUGAUUGGAGUUUGAAUGAUUUUGUCUUGGACUGAUCCAUUUGGAAUUGGAUUGUCAGAUCGGAGCCCAAAUUUUGGUAAGAUGUGGGAGUUUUUCUUUUUCUUUUUUUUUUAAUUGUAAUAUGUUCUGAACAGUUCGUUUAUUAUUAAUAUAUUCUUCCUGUCAAGUGCAUUGUAAAAGAGUUCAGACCUGAGACCAAUGGAUUUUUAUAUGAUAGGCUUCCUGCAAGCCUGUAAAAUCAUUAAAAACAUGACAAUUUGACAGCAUGGUUAAAUGGCGUGUUGGAAAUGAGAAAGACCUCUGGAUAUCUGAGCGAAAGAAAGCUGUUGUUAUGAUGAUUUUUCCAUCAAGUACACUGCCAAUAGAUACGAUCCCAAUCACAAGGCAGUUAACUGUUUCAAUCACUCCAAUUUCGUUUUUCAAUAAUUAAAAAACCCGAUUUCCUAAUUAACAUUUGAAAUUUUUAGUUUUUAUUUUGACAGAAGAGGAGUGGCUGAAUGCGAAUGCGAACUGGAACCCGAGAUUUUUACAACUCAAAGAAUGCACGGCCUUGUUUCAGCCAAAAUCAGUGAUAUCUAUCACUUUAUUCGCCAUUGAAAUACUAUAUUCUGUCAUUAAAUUCUUUAUGCAGCAUGGUUCAUGCGUGUAGUGUUACUUAGUACUUACUAUGAACUGUGAAAGACAGUCACGGGUUCGACUUCUAUUUAGUAAAAAACUGUGGUCCAAGUUCUUCCAAUUCUGGAAAUCUGGCAUGGCCAAAGGCCACAGCUACUUGUAAUGGUGAAAAUAAUGAUACAAAAAAUAAACCCACCAAUCCAUCAUCUCGCUGUCAAAAAAUAAACAACGAGAAAUGUGAUGUCUCCAUCUUCUCCCAACUCCAUUACUAACUCUUUGGAUGCUUUUAUCAUCAG